CCGGAAAUGACCCGGAUCGGAACUUUAACUCCUGGGUUGAUUAGUUUUCAUCAGCAACAUCGAGAGCUCUCCGAAUAUGAUGUAAUAUCUGUCGAAACGUGUUUAUUUACAACCAUGAAGGAUAACCCACCUUGGAUGUGAGUCCAUCCGCACACCGGGAGGUCGUCUUGUUAAUCCAUCACACAAACAAGUAGAGAAGGACCCAGCUCUCCCCUGGUGCUUUCUGGUCUGGUUUCCUCUCACCGGCGGCAGGAUGACGUGCCGUGACCGGACCCUCGAGUUCCAGUCCGCCUGUAAAUCUCUCCAAGGCAGACCGAAUGGAGUCCAGCCUAGCAAACCCACUCUCAACGCCCUCAGGCAACGCAGCGACUUUACAGUCAUGGCAAAGAGAAUUGGAAAAGACCUGAGCAACACUUUUGCCAAAUUGGAAAAACUCACAAUUUUGGCUAAAAGGAAAUCUCUAUUUGACGACAAGGCAGUAGAGAUCGAGGAGCUUACUUAUAUUAUUAAACAAGACAUUAAUAGUCUAAACAAACAGAUCGCACAGCUACAGGGCUUAGUGGGGUCUCGUGGAGCUCCAGAUGGACGACAUAUCCAAACCCACUCUAAAACUAUAGUGGUGUCUUUGCAGUCCAAACUGGCUUCAAUGUCCAAUGACUUCAAAUCAGUCCUAGAAGUCAGAACAGAGAACCUGAAGCAGCAGCGCAACAGGAGAGAGCAGUUCUCCCAGCCUCCUGCUCAGUCUUCUCCGAUGGUGGCCAACAACUUCAGGAGCCGCAAAAAAGGGGCCCAGGAGCCGCAUGCAGCUCGCGAGCAGCGCUAUGACUCCCAGGGCUAUACCACCUCAAAUUUAAAAGAGAGCUCGGUACUGAUGCAGGAUGAGUCCAGGAGUAGGGGGGAUGUGGCCAUUGAUAUGGACUCUCAGUCCAAUCCCAUGCAACUCCAGCUUAUUGAUGAGCAGGACUCCUACAUCCAGAGCCGUGCAGAUACCAUGCAGAACAUUGAGAGUACCAUCGUUGAACUGGGAUCUAUAUUCCAGCAACUGGCACACAUGGUCAAGGAGCAAGAGGAAACCAUCCAGAGGAUCGAUGCUAACGUUGAGGACACCCAGCUGAAUGUGGAAGGCGCCCACGCUGAGAUCCUCAAAUACUUCCAGUCAGUCUCCUCCAACCGCUGGUUGAUGAUCAAGAUCUUUCUCGUCCUGAUCAUCUUCUUCAUCAUCUUUGUCGUCUUCUUUGCUUAAAGCAAAGAUUUAACAGCUAAGUGACGGAGAGAGCACAUUGAGGGAGGUGAAUUGAAGCUGUAACUGGACUCGGGAGUUGUUUCUGUACAACAUAUUUGAAGGAGACUUCCCUGUGGACAUGACUGUUUGAUGGGGGCUUGGGAGAAGCAUUUGAUUAAUGUGGACGCUUUAGUUUGAUCCCAAGCCACAGACUCUUAAUCUUAACUAUUCAGUGAAGAAUGAAGAUGUUGAACUCUGUUCAAAGGAAAUGAUAAAUUAUCUGAAGCCCCACUUUGUAUAGAGAGCAAAAAAUGCUCUGUGUUGUACUUUGACCAAUUAUUCAUAAACAUUUAAUCCAAAUGGCUAUAAUUUAAUGGUUUGAUUCUGCAAACUGUCUUUUUAGUUUAAUUUUUUUUCUUGUUCACCCCAUCUACUACAGGUUAUUCAUUGUUAUAGAUAUUGUUAUUUCAAAGCCAAACACCACAGCUGUAGUUUACUUUUUUCUUUCUUUUUUUUUUUUGCUUCUUAGCUUUUUAUUGAAGAGCAUGACUGUGUCACUUGUUCAUCAACACUUCUCUAAACCCCACCAUUUAAUAAUGAUGUGAGUUGUUUUUUAUGCAGACAUUCUUUUUUCCUUUCAAAGUUAAUUUGCCAAAUGGGUACUUUUUAUGGAACUGUGACGCAGAGUGACAAUAGUAGGAGUGGUCCUGUAAAGCUAGGAGGCUGUGUUGCUGAUAAAGCAGUUUUAAAUGAUACAGCUGUGUGACCAGCUGUUGGACCAGUUAAAUGGUUUAAAAGAUGAACAGUUUGGCAGAUGGGCCUCUCAAGCAUUCAAACAGGCUUCAGGUUUCACAUCAGAGCUAAUGAAGGGGUUUGGCUGGUCAAGAAUCACACUGAUAAAGUGACUCGAUCGGCCAGAUUUCCCGGAAGUGUCUGAUUUUACCUCGCUGUUGUAGCUGCUUAUCCUUCCCCUCAUCCAUCCAUUUUACCAGAUGUUAUUUAAAAGACCACAGAUUUUUAAAAAGGAAGAAAACAUUUCCCUAUUUUUUUCAUGUCUGCUUUUUUCUAGCCAAAUGCCUUGACUUUAAUGUAUAAAGUGCAAAUAGUUAUAAUAAUGUAUGGAUAAGAAAGUGCAUAUUAAUAAAAUCAUAAUGGGGGACUGACA